CCUGUUACACCGGUUCCCCGAUCUCCGACUCCCCAUAGCCGUUUCGUGCUUCCUUGCGUUAUCAUAUCGGAUACAUAUCGGACUGUUUCGGAUUCCGCCGUAAUAUAGAACAAGCGCCAUUGUGAAGAAAAUUUCCACAGGCCAACCAAGUACAAAAACAAGUUGAAAAUCUAUUGAUAUUUUCGUGCAAACUUACGCAAAUCGGCCACCGCUAAGAAUGGAGAAAAACGAAGAAGAACAAUCUGAGCAUAUUGAAGAUUAUUGUCGACAACUGGGGUUACAGCUUCGCGACGAACCAGGAAUUAGUUCGACAAUGCUUGCUGAAGAAACUUCUCAAAUCUCUGUCUUGGGGGGCACUGUGGCUAGCGAGAAUACAGAGCAAAGUGGUCAGCCUAUUCCUUCUCGUCAUACUAAACUAGGUGGAACUGAUAAAACUAAUUUUCAGUGCAAAAAAUGCGAAAAAAAUUUCACAAAUUCAAGGCAGUUUUUAAAGCACAAAUGCGUUCUGAAAACUAAUGGUGAAACACAAACGAAGACGAAGAGCAAAAAACGAGCCAGAAAACCAAGGGUUAAGUCAAACGAGGCUACCGAGAGUGUAUGUGACGAGGAAAGUGCCAGUAUAUCAAUUAAGGUUGAGAGUACCACACUCCUAGAUGAACAGGUUGACCAUCUUUCUGACCAUACUUAUAUAAAAGAUGGAGAAGGAUCUCUAAACCAAACCACUGAGGAUGCUGAACAAAUCCAAUGUGAAUCAUGCCAACUAUUUGCAGAAAUUGACCCUGAAACAGCCACUAAUCCUGAUCAGAUUCCUUGUGAGAAGUGCCAAGAAUUAGCUGCAGUUGCCAAAUGCAAAUCACUUAAUGAGACAGAGAGUACUGAGGAAAAUACCAAGAAACGCAAGUAUAUGUUUAAAGUUGAACAGCAAAACUGUCCUCAUUGUGAUAAAGGUUUUCAUUCACAAAAACGUUUUGAUAAGCACCUUCCUAUCUGCAAGAAAAAUUUGGUAUGUUCAUUUUGCAAUAAAGAUUUUUCAAAUAAUGGGAGAAAUGCAUAUGCACAAUACCAAGCACAUUAUUACACCCAUGUUGAAACAAAACCUUUUACAUGUAAUGUUUGCUCAAGAGGUUUUAUUCGGAAAGCAGAUCUUGAUCGACAUAAGAUAAUCCACAUUGAAAACUACAGUCCUCAGAGAUGUAAUCAGUGUGGUGCUGUCUUUGCUACUGAGGCAAAUCUUAAUAAACACAUGCAAAAGCAUAACAGAUUAGCAUUGUCCUGUGAAAAAUGUGGCCAGCAGUUUGCAAGGCAGGCAACAUUGGACAAACAUGUAGCUGUUUGUCAAACUGAAACAAGCUGUGAAGUCUGUGGAAAAGUUUUUAAAUGUUUGUCCAAGAACAUUAAAUCUCGUUAUCAAGAACACAUGUUCACUCAUACUGGAGAAAGGCCAUAUAAAUGUCAGUUUUGUGAUAGAGGAUUCCGUGAUCGUAGCACAAGACGCAAGCAUGAGCGUACACAUACUGGUGAAAAGCCAUACCCUUGUACGAUUUGUGACCGUGCCUUCUCACAGCUCCGACUGCUACGAAAUCAUAUCAGAACUCACACAGGUGAACGACCUUAUGCUUGUGAGUUGUGUCCACUCAGUUUUGCAAAAUCCUGUAAUCUUAAGUACCACAUGAGAGUUCAUACUAAGGAAAAGCCAUACUCUUGCAGCCUUUGCAAGAGGUCAUUCACACAGUCAGGAACUUAUCAUAAACAUAUGAGAAGACACACAGAAGCAGAAAGACUGAGUGCCACAAUGCUACAAUAUGAACCAGAGAAAUGUGAGGGGGAACUUGAUCAAGAAAGUGAACUUCGUGCAGGAAAGGACUUUACCUCUGAAAUUGAUCAAAAUGAAAAAGUCAAUGAAAACCCUAAAGAUGCCAGUUUUGCUUCUGAGAGUAUUGGUAUAGUUGUGGAUCCAGAAGAUACCGAUGAUGGUACUCCUAAUAUAGUACCAGAUGAAGGCAACCAUGAAAUUGGUGGUCAAAUUAUUUCUACAGAAAUCAGAUCUGAGCCAGAUGAUUCAGAUUCUUCUGCCACCAUUUCACAGAUGCCUGCAAUAUCAGGUGAAGAAAUUACCAUUAUUGUUAAUGAGGGUGAUGGUGUUUCAGCAACUCUAGCGACCAUAGAUGUUGAUCAGAUUUCAAGCAUAUUGGCUUCUUGUUCAUAAUGGCAUUUUCUGGACCUCUGUGUGUGUUAUAAUAUGCAAAUAUAUUGGUGGAAAUGACAUUAGCUGCUGCACCAACCUAUGUGAGAUAAUUGAGGAAUGUCAUUUUAUUAGUUUUGGGAUCAGAAAUCUACUUCUGAGAAUUUUAGAUCAAAGGAUGGGAUUCCCCUUACUUUAAUUAUAAUUUAUACAAUGUGUUUAAAAAUAGUAAUGCAUCUUUAGGCUUUAGGAUGCUAGAUUACUUGACCCCCUAGGGUAAUAUUUUUAGUUACAAGAGAUCAUACUUCUAUAUUAUAUAAGCAGUUGAAAUGACAUGUUUUGUAUCAUAUGGAUAAAAUAUUGGGCAAAAUUGCAUCAUUUUGCCUAAAAGAAAAAGCAUUCAAUCACAAAAGUACACUGAAGUUGGAUCACCCUGUUUUAAUACACCCUGUAUAUCAGAAAUAGCAUGUUGUGAGUUAAGCGUGAUCGUAAUGAUUGUGGACGGUAUCAGUUCCAUAAUUUAUAUAUGUUAGAACGUGUAUUAGGUUCCCCUUUUAGGGGGUUUGAGAUUCUCAAGGAAUGAAAA